GUUUCCAUGAUCCUGGGGUUGUGCCAGCCAGGUGGUCAACAGCCACUGCUUAUAGACUUGGCAACCUCUUCUGCACCCUAUUUUCCUCCUACGCACAUGGGGAGCGAAGGUUAUGAAAACAUCAACCAUGUAGUGGUCUUCAUGCUGGGAACGAUACCAUUUCCAGAAGGAAUGGGAGGAUCUGUCUAUUUUUGCUAUCCAGACCAGAGUGGGAUGGCUGUGUGGCAGCUGCUGGGGUUUGUCACCAAUGAGAAGCCAAGUGCCAUCUUCAAAAUUUCUGGUCUGAAAUCUGGAAAGGGAAGUCAACAUCCCUUUGGUGCCAUGAACCUCCCUCAGACGCCAACGGUGGCCCAGAUUGGAAUCUCAGUGGAACUGCUGGAGAACCUGGCCCAGCAGACUCCCGUUGCAAGUGCUGCUGUGUCAUCAGUAGAUUCGUUCACGGAG